GCCUCAUUCUCUUCAUCUGAGCUACACAUACACUUCCCUUCUAUCCUCGCCCAGUAUGCGUUCGACCGUCUUCCUUAGCCUUGUAGCUACGGCUGCUUGCUCCGACAUUGAGGUCAUCUGGCGUCACGCAAAGUCUUCUGGCCAGAACUCGCUCAGUGUCUUCAAUGGCACUGACUUGAUUGCCCAGAGUUGCUCAAGCUUCAUUCCCGGCAACCCCUCCAUCGACUUCUCUGACCUUGACCCGAAUGGCUUUGGCAACUUCAGCAUAGGCGAUGACAAAUUCCUCGCUCAUUCCAACCCAGAGCACUCUGGCGGGCCAACAUGCUCGAAGAAGUAUAAUGCUGAGGCCGCGGUCAUCGAGUGCUCAGGUAUCUCCUGGACACCUUCGCAAGCCAGCAUCGAAGAGGACUGUCACGAUGAUGCUGAGGUCAAGGCCAUACUGGACUUCUUCACUUCGAAGAACCGCGAGUUGGCUGAGCCGCCGAAGAGGACACGAGACCUUGGGCAGGGACAUGGUGCCGAUCUGUUCCCUCGCGUCCCACCACCACCACCGGACUGUUCGCCAAAUUACGGUGUCAACGUGGUAGGCAAUGGCAAUCCGCAUCAAAAUUACUUCGAUCAACAGCUUUCGGAAACUAUCAAUUGCCAGGCGUCUCCAUCCUGCAGCGUUGGGCAUGAAAAGGAGACAUCGAUAACUGUCGAAUGGUCUGCGGAUAUCAGCGCAAACGGCUGGAUUAGCGCCGGUUUCUCUGUCUCAAAGUCUUGGACUACCGGGAACGAAUACACGUGCUACGGCGGUGCAUACGACGAGGUGUGCGUUUGGUACAACACGGCCCAUACUGCUUACACAGUUCAGAACGUUAAGAGUGAGCCAUGUUCUCAAUCGGUUACGUAUAGCGAUCCAUUCGUUAUGUAUUCCCCGAACAAUAACAAUGCUGGUGGCGGCUAUUACUGCGUCGUCGGGACAUGCAGGUCGAAGACAGAUUCCUACUGGGACAAGAGUGGCCCUGCUGGCGGCCCUCCCUAAACUACGUUGAGAUUCUGUGCUAUACUCAGGAUGUAGCUCAGAAGUCGAGUCGUGCAAAGGUUGGGCAGACUGGUUCAAGUGGAAGGGGUGGCGGAAAGGGUUUUGGACUUUGUUGUGAGGCUAGCACAUUUCAGGUCAUCUUAA